AAAAGACUUUUAUUUUGGCGUGGCGCUGUGACGUCAUUAAGCAGCGCCGCUCCUGCACUGUGAUUCAACUGGAGAAAGGAUAAAGUGUCCAAACACAGAGAAAAACUCCUGCUGAAGCGACUGAUCUCCACACUGUUAUAAAGAUGGCGUUUAUUAAAGAGGAGAGUGAAGAUGUGAAGAUUAAAGAAACAUUUAGAGUCAAACAGGAAGAUCUGCAGGAACAAACAGACCUAAUUGAAGAGAAUGAGGGGAGUAAAGAGGAGGAACAUCAUGUCAAAAUUGAGGAAAAAAAUCAUUUACAGACUGAUGGCAUUGUGAAAAGGAGAGACAAGAAUCGUUACACCUGCAUUCAGUGUGGAAAGAGUUUUGGAAGAAAAGACAAUCUUAAGACUCACAUGAGGAUCCACACUGGAGAGAGACCAUUCACAUGCACUCAGUGUGGGAAGAGUUUCUACCAAUCAUCAAACCUUAAUAAUCACAUGAAGAUCCACACUGGAGAGAAACCAUUUACAUGCACUCAGUGUGGGAAGAGUUUCAUCCAUUCAUCACACCUUAAUCUACACAUGAUGAUUCACACUGGAGAGAAACUUUUCACGUGCACUCAGUGUGGGAAGAGUUUUAAAUGCUCAUCACACAUUAAUAAACACAUGAGGAUCCACACUGGAGUAAAACCAUUCACUUGCACUCAGUGUGGGAAGAGUUUUAACAGCUCAUCACACCUUAAUCAACACAUAAGGAUCCACACUGGAGAGAAACCAUUUACAUGCACUCAGUGUAUGAAGAGUUUCAUCCAAUUAUCACAUCUUAGUCACCACAUGAGGAUCCAUACUGGAGAGAAACCAUUCACAUGCACUCAGUGUGGGAAUGGUUUUAGCCGAUCAUCACACCUUAAUAAACACAUGAUGAUCCACACCGGAGAGAAACCAUUCACAUGCACUCAGUGUGGGAAGAGUUUUAGCCGAUCAUCACACCUUAAUAAACACAUGAUGAUUCACACUGGAGAGAAACCUUUCACGUGCACUCAGUGUGGGAAGAGAUUUAAAUGCUCAUCACACAUUAAUAAACAUAUGAGGAUCCACACUGGAGUAAAACCAUUCACUUGCACUCAGUGUGGGAAGAAAUUCAGCCAAUUAUCACACCUUGAUCAACACAUAAGGAUCCACACUGGAGAGAAACCAUUUACAUGCACUCAGUGUGGGAAGAGUUUCAGCCAAUUAUCACACCUUAAUCACCACAUGAGGAUCCAUACUGGAGAGAAACCAUUCACAUGCACUCAGUGUGGGAAUGGUUUCAGCCGAUCAUCACACCUUAAUAAACACAUGAUGAUCCACACCGGAGAGAAACCAUACACAUAAACUCAGUGAGAAGAGUUUCAGCCAAUUAUCACACCUUAAUGAACACAUGAAGAUCCACACUGGUGUGAAAGAGUAUAUGUGCUUUGAGUGUGAGAAGACUUUUAUUAGAGCUUCAAAAUUGAGACUGCCCCAGACGAUUCACAGUGUUAUAAGAGGUUUAAUCAGUUAACACAUUUGAAAACACAAAAGAGGAUGCACACUGGAGAGAAACUGUACAGAUCUGAUCUUUGUCUACAGAGUUUCGUUCAUUCGGCGCAGCUUAAGAAACACAUGGACAAAAAGUUGCAUCUUUAACAUGAAUGCAGCAAAACAUUUUCUCAUGUGCAGAGGAUGUUGCGUUCCUUGCGUUGUAGUGAAUGGUGCCCAUGGAAUGAAUGGUGCCAUUAUUAAUGUGAGACAACAAAAAUACAAACGCAAACCUCUCCUGUAUUCUGACAUUCCAAUUCUUCAGAGCUCAACUAUCUGAAACAGUCAAGAGUAAGAGAAGAGCAUGAUGUGACCAGAAGAGGGCGCACAAGA